AGUCAACAACAGAUGGAAACACGGCUCGCGCCCAGCAUCACCCCACCGUGCAGUGAGCGGCUCUUCCUACGGAAAUUGAAACUUAACCAGGAUAUACAGGCGUUUCAUUCUUCUUCUCGGGCACUCCUAAGAGAUUAUCAGGAUGAGUAUCAGGACCGUGUUUCUGCGAUAGUGACCGCGGUGCAAAGAACACGGCAGAGCGCCGAGACCCUGCUAGUGUGCCAGGCGAAGGUGGUGCACCUGGAGCAGGCCUUGCAGGACGUCAGUGCGCGUCAUCAGCUGGAGAGGCAGAGAAGGAAGGCCCUGCACAACAGCCUGGUGGAGCUGAGAGGAAAUAUCAGAGUUCACUGUCGGAUUCGUCCUUUGUUGCCUUUUGAUAGUGAAUCUGAUGAUCCAGUUUUGCAGAGCAGCUCCAUCUCUAGAGAAGUGGCCCAUGCUGUUGAUGACGAAACAGUUCUGGUGAAAUGUGAUCGUCCUGGCCACCCUCUGAUUAAUAAGACAUAUCAUUUUGAAAGGGUUUAUGGUCCAGCAGAGUCUCAGAGUGCGGUCUUUGGAGAUGUGUGUCCCCUACUCACGUCUCUCUUGGAUGGGUACAAUGUUUGUGUUAUGGCGUAUGGACAGACGGGCAGCGGGAAGAGCUAUACCAUGUUGGGACCCCAUUCGGACGACGGCCCUGUGUUGCCGCUUGACCCACAGAGUGACUUAGGAAUUAUCCCUAGAGCAGCUGAGGAGCUCUUCAGGCUGAUUUCGGAAAAUCCCUCAAGAAGCCCAAAGGUUGAAGUCUCCAUAGUGGAAGUUUACAAUAAUGACAUUUUUGACCUUCUGGCCAAAGACACUGUUGCAGCAGUGUCAGGGGUCAAGCGUGAGGUGAUGACAGCCAAGGACGGACGAACAGAGGUUGCGCUGCUGGCCUCUGAGGCUGUUGGCAGCGCCUCAAAACUGAUGGAGCUCGUUCGUGGAGGUCUGCAGCUCAGAGCAAAGCACCCCACCCUGGUGCAUGCGGAUUCCUCCAGGUCUCACCUGAUAAUUACGGUGACUCUAACAACAGCCGCCUGCUCUGAUAGCACUGCAGACCAAGCCUGCAGUGCUACCCUCCCCAGGGAGCAAACAGAGGCAGGAAGGGCAGGAAGGAGCCGCAGAACUUCUCAAGGGGCCUCAGCUCCACAGCCGGUUCCCGGGGACCCCGCAGGGCGUGCGGAGCAGGUGCAGGCCCGGCUGCAGCUCGUGGACUUGGCGGGCAGCGAGUGCAUUGGUGUGUCCGGGGUGACCGGGUCGGCCCUGAGGGAGACAGCGUGCAUCAACCGCAGCCUUGCAGCCCUGGCAGACGUCCUGGGGGCUUUGUCGGAGCACCGCAGCCACAUCCCGUACCGGAACAGCAGGCUCACCCACCUCCUUCAGGACUGCCUCGGUAACCGUUUUCCCCCAAAUCCCCCAAGAUGGGACACCACGUGCCCCAGGACACGUGCACACACGUCCAGCCUGCACAUCCUCGAGGGCCACCCGUGUACCCCCUGCACCUCCUGUGCCCUCGCUGUGGCUAGCUGGCACUCCCAUGGCACGGUGGUCAUUCUCCUGCACUGUCUCACCUCGGCCUGGUUGCUUGCUUGUUCGGUCUGUGUGUGACUUGCCUACUGGUCGGACUCAGUUUCUCAAGGCUGGCAGCCCUGACCCCUCUCUUCACCAGGGAGUCCACCAGGGCAGCUGAGGGCUCUCUAGGCUGCUGCUGUGUGUGUGGCGUGGGUCCCUCCAGCUGUAUGGACCUGCUUAGGCUGCAAGUUCCUUGGGUCUUGGGGGCAGGUGCCAGAAGCCUGGAUGCAGCAGAUGAAGCAUCAGUGCCAGGUGGGGCACAGGCAGCCUCCGUGCAGAGUCAUCCAGCUGUGGCUGGAUCUGGGCUUUGCAGUUUGCGGGGGAGCUCAGUUAGUGCCCCCUCCCCCCACUCAGACUCCAGACCGGUUGAAAGGGAGGACCCGAGGAAGCAUUGCUGCUGCAGGGUGGCCUCUGCCAGGGCUGGGCUUCCUGGCUGAGGGUCCAGGUGGAGUCCCCCAGAGGUGGCCCUGGGCCCUGUAGGCCCUGUCCUGAGAAACGGCCACCACAGGACGGCAGGGGCACGUGGCCACCACAGUGGAGGCUCCUCCUUCCUGGGAGGACCACCCUGGGAGGUGGUGGAAGGGCCGCUGGUGGUGCUCGGGACUCGGGGAGGCCAGAAUGUUCCAGACACUAUCCCUAUCUCUCAUUGUGGGGUAUUUCCCCCUCUCAUGGCAAACUGGCUUCCUCCACACGGUGAAUAACGGGGCUGUUCACAGAAUCAUAUUUUUGGAUUCUACCUCUAAGACAGAGACCACCUUGGUACUCUUGGAUUCCAAAGCUUGUAGCCCCAACUGAGAGACGGGGCAACCUAGGCUGGGUGCACAGCCCACCGUGAUCUCAGGGGCGGCACCACAGGGCACACAGUGCCCGAGAGCCAGCAGUUCCCGCAGGGACCCCCGGCCUUGGCCUCUGGGGUCUGCACUUUUCCUCCCCUUAGCUCUCCCUGCCUUCUCCGUUGGUUUUGGUUUCCAUCUGUCCCGCUUAACCCUUGCUACGGGUCCUGAAGAAAAGGAAGAGACAGAAUUCCCCCAGGAGGAGAAGUCCUGGGCACACAGCCCCUGCCCCAGUGGAGCCUGAGGGAGCCACAGGGCCGUGAGCAGCAGGUGUGGGCAUGAGGGAGCUCUGGAAAACGCAGUCCCAGGGGGCCGAGCGCACCACAGGGUCACGUGCAGACUCACCCCGUAGGGCUGACUUCAUGCCUCCCUCCCAAUUCCCGGGACACAGGAGUGUGAGAAGGCCUGCAGCUUCCCCGGGCGAGGGGUGCUAGUGACCGGCUGCUGGCCCUCCCGGACCCGGGCGAGGGGUGCUAGUGACUGGCUGCUGACCCUCCCGGACCCGGGCGAGGGGUGUUAGUGACCAGCUGCUGACCCUCCCGGACCCGGGUGAUGGGUGCUAGUGACCGGCUGCUGGCCCUCCCAGACCCGGGCGAGGGGUGCUAGUGACCGGCUGCUGACCCUCCUAGACCCAGGCGAGGGGUGCUAAUAACUGGCUGCUGACCCUCCUGGACCCGGGUGAGGGGUGCUAGUGACUGGCUCCUCACCCUCCCGGACCCUCCUGGACCCGGGUGACGGGUGCUAGUGACCAGCUGCUGACCCUCCCAGACCCGGGCGAGGGGUGCUAGUGACUGGCUGCUGACCCUCCUGGACCCGGGUGAGGGGUGCUAGUGACUGGCUCCUCACCCUCCCGGACCCGGGUGAUGGGUGCUAGUGACCGGCUGCUGGCCCUCCCGGACCCGGGCAAGGGGUGCUAGUGACCGGCUGCUCACCCCCCCAGACCCCGCAUCCCAGGAGCCUACCAGACGUGGCCAGUUUCCCGCUGGGGCGCUGGGCAGCCCUCUCUGCAGCUGCCCCUCUCGGGCCCUGGUUGCCAGCACGUUGGCACUUCCAGAUGCCACUCUUCUUUCCGGCUUGCAUGUUGUUUUUCUUUU